GUUCUCUCGUGGCCCAACUCCAGGCCUCCACGUUCUUCCCCCGCCCGCCCUCUCCUCCUUCUCCGCCUCCGAUCUCACAGCUUUUUCCUCUCUCACACCCUAGCGCAACCUCCAUCCUCAUCAAUCCAAUUCAACAUUCUUCUUCUUCCUCCUCUUCUUCCAUUAGAGAUUUUCAAUCAAUCUUCGUUAACUUCUAAUCUCUAACCUUCGUUCUUCAAGUUCUUCAAUGCAUUUGACACGAUUCAAAAUCAACAAGACAGUUCCUGUAGUAUUUCCCUUUUCGCGUCAGGUGGCCUGUGUGUUAUCCACCGAACCGCAUAAAGAACAUCACCAGGACCCGCCAUGGCAGCUCCAGGAUCAGUUGCUCUAUUCGGUAUCUUCUAUUCUCUCUAAUUCGUCUCUCGACUCUUCUAAAUGUAGAGCCCUCUUGCCCCAUUUGUCUCCUUUUCAGUUUGAUCAGCUCUUCUUCUCCGUUGGAUUGAAAGCCAAUCCCAAAACCUGUCUUAAUUUCUUUUACUUUGCGUCUGAUUCUUUCAAGUUUCGAUUUACCAUUCGCUCCUAUUGUUUAUUGAUUCUUUUGCUUGUUCAUUCCAAGUUUUUACCACCCGCGAGAUUGCUUCUGAUUCGUUUGAUAGACCGGAAGCUCCCGGUGUUGAAUUCGGAUUUGAAUAAGCUUCACAUUGAGAUAGCUAAUGAAUUAUUUGGUUUAACUUCAGUUGUUGGGCGGUUUGAAUGCACACAUGCAUUUGAUUUGUUGAUACAUGUAUACAGCACACAAUUCAGAAAUCUUGGCUUUAGUUACGCUGUUGAUGUGUUUUAUUUGUUUGCUCGCAACGGAAUCUUUCCGUCCUUAAAGACUUGUAACUUUUUAUUGAGCUCUUUGGUGAAGGCUAAUGAACUUGAGAAAUGCUGUGAAGUAUUUGAAGUGAUGUCCCAAGGUGUUAGUCCGGAUGUUUUCCUGUUCACGAAUGUAAUAAAUGCUUUGUGCAAAGGAGGGAAGAUGGAAAAUGCCAUGGAGUUAUUAAUGAAUAUGGAGAAGUUGGGUAUUUCUCCAAAUGUUGUUACUUAUAAUAGUAUCAUUCAUGGUUUAUGCCAGAAUGGGAGAUUAGGCGAUGCCUUUGAGCUCAAGGAGAAGAUGACAAUAGAAGGGGUAAAGCCAAGUCUUAUAACUUAUAGUGUGCUUAUUAAUGGUUUGACGAAACUGGAAAAGUUUGACAAAGCGAACGAUGUUUUAAAUGAAAUGGUUGAUGCGGGUUUUGUUCCUAAUGCAGUUGUCUACAAUACUUUAAUUGAUGGAUACUGCAAAAUGGGCAAGAUCAAUGAAGCACUUAAGAUUAGAGAUGUGAUGGUAUCCAAAAAUAUAACUCCUACUUCAGUUACUUUAUAUACUCUCUUGCAAGGAUUUUGCAAGAAUAAUCAAAUCGAGCAAGCAGAGAAUACUCUUGAGGAGAUAUUAUCACAAGGAUUUCCUAUAAACCCUGUUACCUGUUAUUCGGUUAUCCACUGGUUAUGUACGAAAUCUAGGUUCCACUAUGCAUUGCGAUUUACCAUGGUGAUGUUAUCGAAGAACUUCAGGCCUAGUGAUCAGCUGUUAACCAUAUUGGUAUGUGGGCUCUGUAAGGACGGUAAACAUCUAGAAGCAACUGAACUUUGGUUUAGGUUAUUGGAGAAAGGGUCUCCGGCAAGUACUGCAACCUCCAACGCUCUAAUUCAUGGACUUUGUGGGGCUGGUAAAAUGGCAGAGGCUGUUAGAAUACUCAAGGAGAUGUUGGAGAGGGGUUUUUCAUUGGACCGGAUCACGUACAACACGCUCAUCUUAGGUUGUUGCAAAGAGGGAAAAGUCGAGGAGUGCUUUAGACUUAAAGAAGAGAUGACCAACCAAGGAAUUCAACCAGACAUCUAUACGUGCAAUUUGCUAUUGUAUGGACUGUGCAAUGCUGGAAAAUUAGAUGAUGCUAUUAAGCUUUGGGAUGAGUUCAAAGCCAGUGGGUUAAUUUCUAAUGUCCACACUUAUGGGGUUAUGAUGGAUGUUUAUUGUAAAGCUAACAGAAUGGAAGAUGUUGAAAAAUUAUUCAAUGAGUUGGUCACUAAGAAAAUGGAGCUAAAUUCCAUUGUCUACAACAUAUUUAUCAGAGCACAUUGUCGUAAUGGAAACGUUGCUGCAGCUUUGCAACUUCGUGAUGAUAUGAAAAGCAAGGGAAUUUUUCCAACUUGUGCCACAUAUUCUUCUCUAAUACACGGCAUGUGCAACAUUGGCCGUGUUGAAGAUGCAAAACAUCUUAUUGAUGAAAUGAGAGAGGAGGGAUUGUUGCCAAAUGUUGUUUGCUAUACUGCAUUAAUUGGCGGUUAUUGUAAGCUGGGGCAAAUGGAUAUUGCCGAAGCAACUUGGCUCGAGAUGACCUCUUUUAACAUAAGGCCUAAUAAAAUUACCUAUACUGUCAUGAUUGACGGGUACUGUAAAAUAGGGAAUAUGGAAGAAGCAAAUAACCUUUUGAGCAAAAUGAAAGAAAGUGGAAUCGUCCCAGAUGUCGUUACUUACAAUGCCUUGACUAAUGGGUUCUGCAAGGGAAAGGACAUGGAUAAAGCUUUUAAAACAUGCGAUGAAAUGGCCACCGGAGGAUUGUCUUUAGAUGAAAUUACUUACACUACUCUCGUGCACGGUUGGAAUCAACCAACAAUUACGAGCCAAGACUGAUCUAAUUUCUUCCGAGUGACUGGAUACGUCAGUAUUGUUUAGCUUAUGCAUUCUGAAAUAUUGGAGGCUGUCAACCUUCUCUUGUCCAAAUGAAAGAGCCAAAGACAAAGAUCCGUCUUUAGUCUCUUGAGGCUGAUCGGGGAAGUGCUUAGCUCGUAACGUGUUGAGAACAUAAAGUGCUCUAUCAAGAUCCCCAGCAAAAAACGAUAGCAAUCAAUGUGAUAAUGAUACAGUGACAUUGGUUCUCCGACUCGAACCCAAAUGAAACUUGGCAAACGUAUUAGAUCUGUGUUGAUGCAGAUUUUGCAGGCUUGAAUCUAUAUCUCAGGAAACAAUGUCGUCAUCUGUGGGAGGUUUUCAUCGGCACAUUGGAAUCGGGCAUAGAAAUUGCUCAGUUUCAUGGAUAUAGGUAUUCGAAUCUACCCGAUUAGCGAAUCAAUUUCAGCCACAUGGAUGUUGAAUAAGCCCUUCAUUCUCUCGUCUCGGACAAAUACGCUUCUUGUUUGUAUACACCACGUCGGGAUAUGCUUCUCCACCGCCAUUGGGAAUGCUCUCCAGGACAUUCUCGUGGCCUUUAGGAUAAUAAAUUCCAGUUCGCCCAUCAAGCACCCAUGGAGUUUCCUCACCCCUCACAGGGCUCUUGUUGCUCUUCAGUUCCUUGCUUUCUGUUUCAACUCUCUCCCUCAUCAUAUCUGGUGAAGAGCUUUUUCUGUGGAAGCCCUUCCGCCCGAUCGGCCUGCGCUAAAGAAUUCAACCGAAUCAGAUAAAGAAGCAUUCUAAUCUUAGAUCAAGGAAAUUAGUUGAUGGCCGAGUUGAAGAAGGAACUUACUUGAAGAACAUGGAGUUCAUCGUCUGAGCCCCUCUCAUAAAUGCAGUGGCCAUGCCUUCCUCCCAAUGAGGUAAGUGAAGAUGGGAUGAACAAAUGGGAAUUUGGUUGUUUUGUAUAUAUAGGUGAAAAGUGAGGCUAUCCAUUUCCUCCAUCCCUAUGAAGAUUCUGAAGAAUGGGAUGAAUUUGUCCUUUUAUUUACUCCUUUUGUGCUGCCCACUCCUUGGAGUUGGUUUGUGAAAAUGAACCUUCAAAAUUCCUCUUCCCAUACUCCAUAAGCUAAAGCAUGUUAUUGGGCCUAAUGGGCUUUGCUUUCACUGAGCCUUGACUUACCUAAUGGGCCUAAUGGGCUUGAUCUGUACCUCCUGGCCCAUAAUGAAACCAUUGAUUUCAGGAGCUUUUUUAGGGUUUGAGAAAGGGAAUUUUAGUCCACUUGUUUUCGAUUGGGA